AUGACAACAGAAAAAUUAUAUGAAAAUUUGAAAAGGCUUAUUGUAGGUAGAAUAAGUAUUUUGAUUGUAGAAAACAGUUUGGAUUACUCAUCAGAUUAUAAAGAUGAGAUGAUGGAAUUAGAUAAUUUAAAAGACAUUUUGGAGUUCGAAGGAGAAUGA